AUGUCUCACGUGCAUCGAGGCACAGGUGCCAUGCCCAGCCCUAAUUCUAGCAAAGCGCCAAUUUUUAACAGCGAGAUGUUGGAGCUGUUGGAGUUCUUCGAAGUGUUUGAAGAUCUCGCCUCUACUUACGGUCUAACAAGUGCUGAUAAGUGCAAAAGUCUAGUGUGCUAUGUGGAUCGUCAAAUCAAGCGUUUUUGGAUAAUGCUUAUGGGCUUCGAGAGUCGUGAAUAUGGCACCUUCAAGAAGAGCAUUUUGACCCAAAAUCCAGGUGCUAGCAAGGGACAGCGCUACACCAUUCACGAGCUCGAAUGCAUCAUUGUUAAUCAAGUGGACAGCAACAUUAAUACAGAGAAGGAGCUUAUGAAUUAUUACAGGCUACUGGUCCGUGCUCAUCAUCAAAUCCUUCAAUGGCUCGAGCUUAAGGACCCAGAUUUCAACUGCAAUGAGCCAGCCCAUUUCAAGAAGGUCGUAGAGGCAGGUCAUCAUGUUUUCUUGGAUGAAGCUUUCAACGCUGAGUUCAAUGAUCCUAUCACCCUUCGCAUCCAGUCCAUUAGAGAUCGUCGUGCCCCUCUGACUACUACCAGCCAUCGUCGACGUCAUGAUGCUCUUUGCAAAGUGCAAACAAAAAUUGUGCGUUUCAUGCAGCCUCAAGUACCUGUUCAAGCACCACAGAAGUCCACUAUGGAUGAGCUUGCAUGUCUCUCUCCCACUGCCGCUAAUGCCUGGGCUGCCCCCUGUACUCGUCAACUCUGCAGUAAUGUGUCUACAGCUCCUCCUGUACCCUCCAGCGCCCCACUUCUCCCAAAACAGUGUUUGUUCUGCGGACAGUCUCACUACCUUCAAUACAGCCAGGUAGCUGCUGAAUACCUUCGCACAGGACGCAUCAUUCGCAUCGAAAACUUACAGCAAGCUGUAGAUAGGCAUGCCCAGUCCAUCGCAUCAUCCACUCCAUCCUCGAACCCUCCUCCCACGACCAUUCCCUCCAGUGCCUUCAUGUCUGAAAGUUACUUCCUUCAGUGUACUCGAAUUGUGGAGAACCACGCCACAGUCACAACAGUCAAGGAUGAUGACUCGGGCGCAGACACUCUCGCCAUCACUUGUUCGAAGGCCAAAAAUGUGGUGCUCAAUAGUGAUGACCCAGCACCUUUGCAGGAGAAGUCAAAUGAGGCUACCAGUUUGCUGUCCAGUUCCCAUGCUCACCAACAAACUCGCUCCAUCAAUGUUCCCCUUCCAGACAUCCCUCUCGCACCUCCAAAGAAAACCCCAGCCUAUGUCUACGAGUCAAAAGCAGCCAUUCCGGAUGCUGCUUCCUGCAUCUACCAGAGCAUGCUCAACAUGGCCGUUCCAAAUGUCACGAUCACUGAUCUUCUCACAGUUAGUUCGGAUCUUCGCAGGGAAGCUGUAGAACACUGCAAAACACACCGAGUAUCCCCUCCUUCGUCUGCCACUACUCUCGCUGCUGCUAUUCCUGUCCCACCUCCUCAAAUUGAGCAUGCCACGCCACUUCGAGAACUCAAGGUCACACUCAAUGGUAUUCACAUGGAGAUGGCAUUACUUGACGAAGGCUCAGAGCUUGUUGUUAUUUGA